AUGCAACCACCUAGAGACGAUCUCGACCCCCCGAAAGAUGACCCCUUCACCCUUGAUCAACUCAAGCAGUUCGACGGCUCCGACAGUUCGAAGCCGAUCUACGUGUCUGUUAAGGGCACUGUCUUUGACGUCACACGUAAAAGCGACGUGUACGGUCCCGGAAAAUCAUACAACAUCUUUGCCGGGAAGGACGGCUCAAAGGGACUUGGAAUGUCUAGUUUGAAACCAGAGGAUGCUGUACCAGACUACAGCGACCUACCAGAGAACGAGAAGAACGUCCUCAAUGACUGGUUCUUAUUUUUCCAGAAACGCUACAACAUUGUCGGACGUGUUACAGAUAUACCUACUUCAGCUUCUAAUCUCUCUAAUCUAUAA